AACACGUACCUUACUCCUAACCAAGAAAUUUUAGUAUUUACCUUUGAUAUUUAACACCCUUUACUUAGAUUAUCCGAUUAUAGCCGUUCUCCAUUGGCAGAUCUUCUAUUGGAGAACUUUAAUUGCGUCUCUUCUAAUGUAAACCGGCUAUCGUUGAAUAAUCUAUGUAAAUGAUGUUUUAAGUCAAAUGCAAAUACUGACAGUUCAUGGUGAUGGCGGCAAAAACUUACAGUGUGCGAAUACUGAUCAUUUCAAUAAAAAAUGUUUCAAUAAAAUACAAAACAGUUGAAUAAUAGUUGCGAAACACAGUAAUGUGUUUCGCAAUUUUUUAUACCAGUAAAUUUAUAUCAAUCACAAGCGGAACUUUAUAGCGGAAAAAAACGUAUCAAUUAUAGAAAGGGAGAAGUUUCAAAACUUGUAUGGAUUUUGAAAUAACUUAAACUGAUUGUAAAUUACAGUGCAAUUAAAAGUUUUGGAGACCGUUGUUGUAAAAAAAAUUGUAAAUUAUUUAUGAAUAUCGUAGACUGUUACAUAAACGUAACUGUUUUUGACAUCAGAACAAUUUCUAAUUAUCGUACCCCAUUAAUUUUUUAUUUGUUAACAAAUUGUUUUUUCAAAAGAAAUUUGAAGACUGAAGAAUAUAUGUGCUAGGAGAACGAAAAGAAAUAUACUAAGCUGCUGGUUGUACAUUUUUAGGUGAAGUUAAAAAAACAAACAAACUAUCUUUUGAUUUAAUUGAAUUAAUUUUUCCGGAAACCUUUCCCCGGAUUGUGGCAAAACUGUGUUUAGCUGCUUAUCAUAUUGUAUCAAUAUUUUCACUUUAAAGGAUUUUAACCGUUAUUAGAAUGUAUGGGAUUCUAAUACGCUUUGCAUUGUUUAUCUGCAUACUCCACUCAACAGCUGCAAAUGAUGUUGCUCAUGGUGUUGGCUCUUUUUUAUUCGAUGGUAUUUUCUCAGUUAGUGAUGAAUCGACAAAAAGAAUUAACUAUCAUUCAGGAUUUUUAAUGGCAGAAGCAAUGAAAUUUGCAGUAGAAAAGAUUAACAACAACAGCGACCUGUAUGGAUACAAACUUGAUAUAAAUGCAAUCUACGACGUCUCAUCAACUAACACUUUGCGAAAUAGAAUUCUUUCAACAUUUCUUGAAAAAAUUCCAUUUAUUAUUGGUCCUUAUUCUUCUCAAAGUACAUUUAUUGCUGGAAUACUAACAACAACAUUCGAACAACCAACCUUUAGUUACAGUGCAAGGUAUACCGAUUUUCCUUUAGUUGGAAAUGAAAAAAUUUUAAGAACUGUCCCAUCAAAUUCUUUUCAAAUACAAGCUGUUCUUGAUUUAAUUAAAAAACUAAAAUGGAAUUAUUUAUCGGUAGUUAGCUCGUAUGGUUACGAUGGAGAAGCUGAUGCCGAAAAAUUUAUUUUAAAAUUAGGUGAAAUAGGUGUGUGUUUAGCUCAGCGAGUUGACAUUCCUAAGUAUCCAUCACAAAUAACCUUUGAUGAGGCGGUGGAAAUCUUAGAUAUCCUUGAAACUAAUAAAGAUAAGUCAAGGCAAAACGGCUUGGUGUUUUUUACAAACAACAAAGAUUCAUAUAAUUUAUUCUCGGCUAUUAAGCGCAACAAUAAAACAAAACGUUUUCUUAUAAUUUGCUUGUCAGGUUGUGCAAACUACAAAGAAAAUACUGAAGGCAACGAAGAAGCAGUUGAAGGAACCCUCAGCUUAGAUGUUGUCCAAUUAGAAAUACCAGAAUUUAAAGAAUUUGUUUACCGACAAAAACCAAACUCUUUAUCGGCUGAGUACUUUAACAAAACAUGGGAAAACAUUUUUCGUUGUUCAUUAAAUCCGUCUGUUUUUCCCACUUGUUCAGGUAAUGAAAAAUUAGGUGAUAUAAUAUAUCGAUCAUACAUACCUGUUUACUUAGUUAUGGAUGCAAUAUUUGCUGUUGCAGAUGCGCUGAAGUUUUUUAUAAACUUUUUCUGUAGCCGCUCGCAAGAUUGGAUGUUACUGGAAAAACACUGCGUAGUUAAUGCUGCUGACCGCAACGAUUUUGCCUCAAAGAUAUUUGAUAUUCUCAAACUUAUGUCAUAUACUGAUGGAACUCUAGAAGAUAUAUAUACGCCUUACGUCCGUAUAAACCGUUCCGUACAAUAUAAUAUAUAUCAAUUUAGGUUAACAUCAGACGGACAAUACGAAAACAUCUUAGUUGGUAACUGGCAAAUUAAAAGACCCUUUCUUAAUGAGUCUGUUGAAGAAACAUUUUUAUACCAAAAGCAAGAUUUUUGGUUGGACCAUUACAAUGAAACUAACUCGAACCAUUCAGAAUUACUACCUGUUGCUAAAUGCAGUGAUGAAUGUUUGCCUGGUUAUAUAGCAGUAAAUCACAAAGAUCUUCAAAAAGCUAAAUGUUGUUGGAACUGUAUCAAGUGUCCUAAAAACAGUAUAUCAGUUAAUAAUAACUGCUAUGCUUGUAAAAAAACAGAAAUGUUAGUUAAUAAUGAAUGCGUAAAUAUUCCUGAAGUAAAAAGUAUUUUUUCGGAUGCAGGUCGAACCUUAGGGUGUUUUUCAAUAUUAAUGGUUAUCGGGCUGCUAUUAGUAUUUUUUGUUACAAUAAUGUUUAUUCGCCACAAUAACACCCGCGUUGUGCGGUGUUCAGGAAGAGAUCUAUGCUACAUGAUUCUUCUUGGAUUGACAAUGCUUUUUGUAUCUCCCAUGGCUUUUAUGUCUCGACCCUCAACAACUGUUUGCAUAAUGAGAGGUGCUUUUCCUGGAAUAUCUUUCCUGAUGUGUUAUGCACCCCUUUUUUUGAGGGCAGCUCGUAUUCACCGAAUAUUUAUUCGUGCGAGGAUGACCAUUUCAAGACCAGCACUGAUAAGUCCACAGUCUCAGGUUUUUGUGGUCUUAGGUAUUGUUGGUGUGCAAGCGCUUCUUGCAUCGGUAUGGUUUACUUCAAAAACACCAGGACCAGACUUUGUUGUUUCUUCAGGCGGAGAUUCCAUCACUGUCCAAUGUACCGGAGAUGAAAGUGCAGUUGCAAUGUUUGUAAAUCUUGCUUUAAGCGCUUUUUUUGUUCUUUUAUGCACCAUUUUAGCGUUUAAGACGCGAUUGUUUCCUAAAAACUACAAUGAAGCAAAAUUUAUUGGAGUAACAUUAUAUAUUACGUGUGUUAUAUGGUCUGUUUUUCUUCCUGCUUAUUAUUUAACUGCUGGAAAAGGUGUUUACAUAAGAGAGUGUUUAAUUUCAAUUUUAUGCAUAUCAAUUGGUUAUGUUACACUUUUUGGAUUAUUUGGUCAAAAAGUACGUCUUCUUAUAUGGCCUGAUAACGCUGCUAAUUGUGAGAGAGAGAUGGUUUCUUUUAGCAAAAUAUCUGGUACUAUUUUAGAAAAAAGUGUUGAAAAAAAUUUAAUAAGUGGUGUAUAGAUUUAAUUAUGUUAAAAACCAAAAUUUUAAAAUUAUACAA